CCUCCUGAGGACCCAGUAAUCAGUGGUGGUCCGGUGGUGAGCCUGAGAGCAGGAGAUCCCCUAAACCUGACCUGCCAUGCUGACAACGCCAAGCCAGCCGCAUCCAUCAUCUGGAUCCGCAAUGGAGAGGUACUCAGUGGAGCCAUGUACUCCAAGGUAAGCAUCGUGGUGUGUAAUACACAGUUUGUUUUUUAAAGGUGGAGGGAGGGCUGGGGUUUUUGAGGGGGUUGUUUAGACAGUUACCCAUUCCCAUAGAUAGAAAGCAAAAGACCUCAAUCAUUAUCACCGGCAAAGUGAACCAAACAAUAUUUUACUCUAUGUAAUAGCUUAUGUCACUCAUCAAAUUCCAGUUGAAGCUAGUCAAUCCUUUCCUUGAAGUUUGUUGUGAAUAGCCACUUUAAGAGCACUACCAUCUGUGACGGGUGUUUACUUGUGCCAUCUGUAAACUGUGCCUCAGCAUUCAGCCUGGAUUGGUUGGAAUAAAAUCCCCUGAAAAUCCAAGGUCUUCUCUGGGAUAUCUAAAGGAUGUUUCUCCUCUACUCAAACAACCAGAUGGUGGGACCAUAAGAAUGAAAGUCGGUGACUCUCCAGCACCUUUGCUGUCUACUAGGUGCCCUGCUUCUCUCUUUUCAGUGGCAGGGUUCAUAUAGAGAUCCAGGGUAUAUAUAGAGAUCCAGGGUUCAUAUAGAGAUCCAGGGUGUAUAUAGAGAUCCAGGGUCUAUAAAGAGUUCCAGGGUCUAUAUAGAGAUCCAGGGUCUAUAUAGAGAUCCAGGGUCUAUAUAGAGAUCCAGGGUCUAUAUAGAGAUCAAGGGUCUAUAAGGAGAUCGAGAGUCCAUAUAGAGAUCCGUUCGGUCACUUCUCUGUUGGAGAAGCCGUCCCUGAUCUGUGGUAUUCACAGAAGAUGCUCUGCCAACCAACCCUAGCCUUCAACUCAACAUUCAUUCCACCACACGUCAUGCCACACCACACUGCCAUCUGACCCCUCUGGCACUUCAAUUACAAUAACCUGCGGGCUAAUGAACGCCGCUGUGUGAAUUUCUUUAUAAACGAGGAGAGUGAGCGGGCACCAACUCUCUCUCUGCUGUCUCAUUCCAUUAUCAGCUAUUUCCAAAGAGCAGAUCAAUUCUAUUGAUUGUGCUGGGAUACGGCUCAAUCCAUUUGAAUAAAACGAUUGCCAGAGGUGGUUUUUGCUAACAGUAGGGGGAUAGCGUGCUUCCUGCCUGCACUUCCUCUUUCUGAAACAGCAGCAGCAGUGAUGUGGGACAUUGUCGCCCAGCUGAUGGAUAGAAGCAGCAGCUGAGCCAUGCAGUCUCUAGGCACUGCCCUCCCCUCAUAUCACUACCAUUAAAAAGAAAUGCGUUCAAUUAAAAGCGGAUGAUUGUCUCCUGAAUAAUGGAGGUUUAGAGAGGAUAAUUGGCCAUCCUGCCUCACCUCGGUACCUUGCCUCGCUCCACACCCCACAGAUGAUGGGAGGUAAUGUGGCCAAAUGUGCUAGAGUGAGAUGGGAGUUUCCUGAUGAUGGCAACCUCUACACUCCCAGGAUGGCUUUGACCCCUAUAGGUCUCAGAAUCACCUCCCUCAAUAUCCUUAUGGAUAAAUUAUCUACCAUUUAUCUUUCAUUAAGGUGUUACUUUGUGGUAAGUACUUGGACCUGGUAUGGUCUUACUGUAUGAAGCAGUCAUUAAAAAGAUCUGGUUAUACUGCAUGUGAAUGGCAUUGAGUAUGGGCUGGACCUGGUAGCUACGGAUGAACAGUGCCUUGCAAAAGUAUUCAUCCCCCUUACCAGUUUUCCUAUUUUGUUGCAUUACAACUUGUAAUUUAAAUUGAUUUUUAUUUGAAUUUCAUGUAAUGGACAUACACAAAAUAGUCCAAAUUGGUGAAGUAAAAAAAUAUAUAUACUUUUUUUAAAAAAUUUGAAACAAUAAAUAACGGAAAAGUGGUGCGUGCAUAUGUAUUCACCCCCUUUGCUAUGAAGCCCCUAAAUAAGAUCUGGUGCAACCAAUUACCUUCAGAAGUCACAUAAUUAGUUAAAUAAAGUCCACCUGUGUGCAAUCUAAGUAUCACAUGAUCUGUCACAUGAUCUCAGUAUAUAUACACCUGUUCUGAAAGGCCCCAGAGUCUGCAACACCACUAAGCAAGGGGCACCACCAAGCAAGCGGCACCAUGAAGACCAAGGAGCUCUCCAAACAGGUCAGGGACAAAGUUGUGGAGAAGUAAAGAUCAGGGUUGGGUUAUAAAAAAAUAUCUGAAACUUUGAACAUCCCACGGAGCACCAUCAAAUUCAUUUUUAAAAAUGGAAAGAAUAUGGCCAUCCAACUUGAAGGAGCUGGAGCAGUUUUGCCUUGAAGAAUGGGCAAAAAUCCCAGUGGCUGGAUGUGCCAAGCUUAUAGAGACAUAUCCCAAGAGACUUGCAGCUGUAAUUGCUGCAAAAGGUGGCUCUACAAAGUAUUGACUUGGGGGAGGGGGGGUGAAUAGUUAUGCACGCUCAAGUUUUCUGUUUUUUUGUCUUAUUUCUUGUUUGUUUCACAUUAAAAAAUAUUUUGCAUCUUCAAAGUGGUAGGCAUAUUGUGUAAAUCAAAUGAUACAACCCCCCCAAAAAUCAAUUAAAUUAAAUUAGGAAAAAUGCAAAGGGGGGUGAAUGCUUUCGCAAGCCACUGAGGAGGCCUAGUAGAAGCUUCAGAUCAUGAAAACAUAUCGAAACCCUAACAGUCCCAUUAUUGGUUCGAUUCCCACGGGGGACCAGUGCGAAGAAAGUAUGAAAAUGAAUGCACUCACUACUGUAUGUUGCUCUGGAUAAGAAUGUCUACUAAAUGACUAAAAUGUAUAAUGUAAAUAUAAAUGUAAACCACAUUUCAGUCAGCUCCUCAUGGAUGAACUGAUGAAAAUACACAAGGGGUGUCACUGUAGGAACAGCCACAGGGAAUCCAUUACUCUGUGAAGCAUUCAAAUGCAUGACACCAGAAAGGAAGAUCUGCAUAUUGUCCCUGCUCAUUCCUCCCCCACAAACCUUCAAAGACGCUUCUUUAUCUGUCUUUCAAUUUCAUUAUUUUCCUCCCAACCUUCAUCUCAGCAAAGUUUGCUGUGUAAUUAGAGAGAUUUCCUUUCAAUAGUAAUGCUCACCACCAAGUGAGGCAGGGGGAAAUCAUUCCGGGAAAAAGUAGCUAAUUAACUUCAGAGAAUGUAUUAUACAUGUCACAUUUUUCACAUUCAAGAGACAGGUAGAGUUCCCAGUAGUUUAUCUGCAUAUUAUUCUAUAAUACCCCCUAUUUUUCCAGUAUUUCCAUAUUACUCACUACAUUUAACCUGUUUCAAAUUAUUCAAAAAGUAUCUGUCUCUCGCUCUUCCAUUGUUUUUCUCUCUUGUCAAUGUAAUUAACCUCACUGGCUUUGUGCAAGAGAAAUUUAAACCAGGCCUUGGGAGCACUAAAAUAGUAAUAUUAUGAAUAUUAUUAAACAGAAUGGUAGAAAGGAUCUGACUUUCAGGUAGUAGGAUAAGAUAAGUUAAUCAAAUAAGGCCUCUUUAACCCCAUGACCAGAAAAAAUGAUGUAAAUAUAUUAUUUUGUAGAAAUAGAUAGUACAAAGCUUAUGCAAAAUAUCUUAUUCCUAAGUGAAAUUAAUAUCCAGUGUUGGGAUUUGAAAUGUGCUUCUGGUGUGGUCUGCAAUUAAAAAAUUGCUGAUUUAAUUUAACCUGGAGCCAUAUUUCAAGUUUGGACAUAUCAAAGGCUCGUUAGAUUAACAGCAGAAUAUUAAUGUCAGCCAAAUGAUUAGUGUAAACAGGGACUAGAGAUCUCUCUGAGCCUCCCUUCAUAUUCCCUUUCACUGGGAUUCUAACCUAAACUAAUCAAGGCAUUUCAGACAUGCCUGCAGGCUGAGCACUGUUUAUUAGCCUUCCUGUUAAUUGUAAUAAACAGAAAAACAAUUAGUGUAAAGGUUAGGUAAAAACAAUAUACAGCCUGUCAGAAUUAUAUUAUUGACUACAAAACUUGCAGGUAUUCCUGAAAAUCGAAAAAGCUCCAUAUUUAUCAGUAGAAAUGUAACCAUCACUAAUGUAUCACUAUACUAUAGAUUCACUCAUAUUCACUCAAUAUGACCUUCUACUGUCUCUGCCCCCUUAUCCCAUAUCUUGAAGAGCAACCGUCACUCUCUCCCUCUCCAUUUUUCAGUUCCUUUCUUAACUUGGGAAAGGUAUUCUCCUCACAUGCUCCAGGCAGUGACAUGAGAAAUCGUGUGUAAUUCGGGCUAUUUUAAAACAGCUAGUGGCUCGGUGUUGAGUUCUAUGCUGUAGCUGGGCCUGUACAAGAUUAAUGACUUCAGACAUGUCCAGAGCUAUGAGAGAAACAAUCCUGAUUGUGUCAGAAAGGAUAUUACAUUGACACAUCCCACUGUUGACAGCUAAUACGUUCUGCUUUAGAGGUGAGUGGCAGGACUUCUGUAGCCUGGAGAGAUCUGAGACACUCUUCACAAAAGCAUUUUGUUUUCAUGCAAAUGCAGAAGAACAAAAUAUGAAUGCAUCUUUAUGCUAUUUUGCGUAUUCCUUACAUAAAUAUUAUUUAACUCCAAGACAAUAGUCUUUUUGCUUGGCUAGGUACAGGUAACACUUGAGUAAAUGAGGGACACAAAGUAUAUUGAAAGCAGGUGCUUCCACACAGGUGUGGUUCCUGAGUUAAUUAAUCAAUUAACAUCCCAUCAUGCUUAGGUUCAUGUAUAAAAAUCCAUAGGAUAACAAUGCAACCAUCCAAAGGGCAUGAAUGGUGACUGAAUGGUUUGAUGAGCAUGAAAACGAUGUAAACCAUAUACAAUGGCCAUCUCAGUCACCAGAUCUCAACCCAAUUGAACAUUUAUGGUAGAUUCUGGAGCAGCGCCUGAGACAGCGCUUUCCAUCUCCAUCAACAAAACACCAAAUUAUGAAUUUCUCGUGGAAGAAUGGUGUCGCAUCCCUCCAAUAGAGUUCCAGACACUUGUAGAAUCUAUGCCAAGGUGCAGUGAAGCAGUUCUGGUUAUGGUGGCCCAACGCCCUAUUAAGACAUUUUGGCAGUAGACUUAUAGUCAUUGACUGGAGAAAGCAGAAAAGUAAUAAGAUGAAAAGGCAUACAGUUGAAGUCGGAAGUUUUCAUACACUUAGGUUGGAGUCAUUAAAACUCGUUUUUCAACCACUCCACACAUUUCUUGUUAACAAACUAUGGUUUUGGCAAGUCGGUUUGGACAUCUACUUUGUGCAUGACACAAGUAAUUUUUCCAACAAUUGUUUACAGACAGAUUAUUUCACUUAGAAUUCACUGUAUCACAAUUCCAGUGGGUCAGAAGUUUACAUACACUAAGUUGAGUGUGCCUUUAAACAGCUUGGAAAAUUCCAGAAAAUGAUGUCAUGGCUUUAGAAGCUUCUGAUAGGCUAAUUGACAUCAUCUGAGUCAAUUGGAGGUGUACCUGUGGAUGUAGUUCAAGGCCUACCUUCAAACUCAGUGCCUCUUUGCUUGACAUUAUGGAAUAAUUAAAAUAAAUCAGCCAAGACCUCAGAAAAACAAUUGUAGAUCUCCACAAGUCUGGUUCAUCCUUAGGAGCAAUUUCCAAAUGCCUGAAGGUACCACAUUCAUCUGUACAAACAAUAGUACGCAAGUAUAAACACCAUGGGACCAUGCAGCCGUCAUACCGCUCAGGAAGGAGACGCGUUCUGUCUCCUAGAGAUGAACGUACUUUGGUGCGAAAAGUGCCAAUCAAUCCCAGGACAACAGCAAAGGACUUUCUGAAGAUGCUGGCGGAAACAGGUACAAAAGUAUUUAUAUCCACAGUAAAACGAGUCCUAUAUCGACAUAACCUGAAAGGCCGCUCAGCAAAGAAGAAGCCACUGCUCCAAAACCGCCAUUAAAAAGCCAGACUAAGGUUUGCAACUGCACAUGGGGACGAAGAUCGUACUUUUUGGAGAAAUGUCCUCUGGUCUGAUGAAACAAAAAUAGAACUGUUUGGCCAUAAUGACCACCGUAAUAUUUGGAGGAAAAAGCGGGUGGCUUGCAAGCCGAAGAACACCAUCGCAAACGUGAAGCACGGGGGUGGCAGCAUCAUGCUGUGGGGGUGCUUUGCUGCAGGAGGGACUGGUGCACUUCACAAAAUAGAUGGCAUCAUGAGGAAGGAAAAUGAUGUGGAUAUUUUGAAGCAACAUCUCAAGACAUCAGUCAGGAAGUUAAAGCUUGGUCGCAAAUGGGUCUUCCAAAUGGACAAGCAUACUAAAUUGUGGCAAAAUUGCUUAAGGACAACAAAGUCAAGGUAUUGGAGAGGCCAUCACAAAGCCCUGACCUCAAUCCUAUAGAAAAUGCGUGGGCAGAACUGAAAAAGCAUGUGCGAGCAAGGAGGCCUACAAACCUGACUCAGUUACACCAGCUCUGUCAGGAGGAAUGGGCCAACAUUCACCCAACUUAUUGUGGGAAGCUUUUGGAAGGCCACCCGAAACGUUUGACCCAAGUUAAACAAUUUAAAGGCAAUGCUACCAAAUACUAAUUGUGUGGAUGUAAACUUCUGACCCAUUGGGAAUGUGAUGAAAUAAAUAAAAGCUGAAAUAAAUCAUUCUCUCUACUAUUAUUCUGACAUUUCACAUUCUUAAAAUAAAGUGGUGAUCCUAACUGACCUAAGACAGGAAUUUUUACUAGGAUUAAAUGUCAGGAAUUGUUAAACACUGAGUUUAAAUGUAUUUGGCUAAUGUGUAUGUAAACUUCCGACUUCAACUGUACAUGUAUGUCAAAGCCUCCAAACCGCCUGCCACACAACUAAUAUAAUACCAGGUUCCUUAACACUUUAAUAUGCAGUCAGUGUGUGGCACAUCUAGCUGGGUUUCAUUAGGAUUCUCAAACUUCCAUGAAGGGAGAGAAAUUAGGAGGUACUUACUGCUAUUAUCCGGCAACCUGUCAAUAGCUUUCAUUCUGACACCUUAAUACGUAACGAUUAUUGCGGCUAAAAUAUAUAUUUUCACCUUUGGCGAACUUACAGAGAUGAUUAUAAUACAAGGACUUGUGGAGAGCCGGUUUAAGAGGGCAUCUGUGAUGUCUCAACUGUCCUCCCAUGCGAGUCAUAACCUCGGUUUGAAAAGUGCAUAAAGAUCCUCAAAGGAAGUUUGAGGAGCUUUCUUGUCUGUGCUAUUUUCUCAUCAGAGCUCCUCAUAGUACUGCUAGCAAAUAAAGGGUUUCAUCACAACCUAUUUGUUUGUGAAUUGUGUCAUUAAAUCCUGAAUAAACUGUAGAGAAAUUGCAGAGGAGCAUUUUGUUUUGUGGCUAUAGUGUGACACACACAAACACACACACACAAACACACACAAACACACACACACAAAGCAACAAGGGCAUUUAUAUAAUGAAGAGCAUCAUGUCCCAACUUGGCCUUAUCUAAUAUGUCCUCUAUAGCUGGACCUCUAUAAGUGAAAAUAAAACUGAAUGGCCAUCACGUUUUUGCUCGUUUCAUAGUGUGGGACCAGCAGAGCCAAGAAAAUAAUAUGAUAUUGAAAGAGCUUCUACUGUGAAUCCCAGUAGUUUAUUUGUAAAGCCAACCCAAAGGUCGUGGUAAUGGACAGUAUCUUUGUAUAGAGCACCAAUAGUUUAUAAUUUGAAGCCAUGUCAGUCUUGACUUUGUGGUUGGCUACACAGUGCUCCUGGCAUGGCCAAUUUGUUCUGGUGGGUGAGCAUGCACUGUGGCAUGGUGGUUAGCAGGGCUCCCACAGUCCUCCCUGAGAACCAGGCAAGGCAGAAUUGUACCAGGGCGGCCUUCAGAUGUCUCUCACAAUGCGAGUAGGGCUGCAGCUCAGAGGAUGAGCACUGAAAAGAAGAUUGAUUUCCUUUGUGGUGUAUGACAAGCCAUGCGCCAGAGCACAACUCUCCAGUCACACAAAAGAGGCUCAGAAACAGAUUCCUUUUUUCAGCUCAAUCAGCCUUGGAGCAAGACUACAGGCUUGAGCAUGCCAGGGGUAUUUGUCUUUGUUGUCCCCAGGGCAUCCAGGUGACUUGCUGCAUUUGGGUUCCAGGCCUUGAGUUUCGAUUGAUGAUGUUAUUCAAAAUGUUCCACUAUGUCCACUACCACUUCAUCUGUGAACUCUGAACUCUUUCCUUUUCUCUUUUCCUCUCAGACACUGCUUCGUGAUGGAAGGAGGGAGAGUACGGUUAGCACCCUCUACCUGUCUGCAUCCAACAUUGAGACAGGCCAGCAGAUCAUCUGUCGAGCAUCCAACAAGGCUGUGCCCAAUGGCAAAGAGACCAGCGUCAAUAUCGACAUCCAGCGUGAGUUUCCCCUCCUCUAA